CCUCCAAUUCCCCACUCCAUCACCCCCUUCACUCUCUUCUCCUUCCUAUGCUUAGGCAUUUCAAGAAACAAAAAUUGGUUACAUAAAGAAGAAUUCAAUUCUGAAUUGCAGUAGCAUUCAAUAAUGGCGAGACCGCAACAACGUUAUCGGGGCGUUCGUCAAAGGCAUUGGGGUUCUUGGGUGUCUGAAAUUCGUCAUCCAUUAUCGAAAACAAGAGUUUGGCUAGGGACAUUUGAGACUGCAGAAGACGCAGCAAGAGCCUAUGAUGAAGCAGCAAGGCUAAUGUGUGGUCCAAGGGCCAAAACCAACUUUCCAUACAAUCCAAACGCGCCCUUAUCAUCCUCCUCAAAGCUACUCUCUGCCACCUUGACAGCCAAACUGCACAAAUGCUACAUGGCCUCUCUCCAAAUGAUCAAAACCUCUCCGCCGCCCCAGCACCCACCGCCGCACCCUUCCUCCGCCACCGCUGCGCCGCCACUUGUGGCAGCGGCGCAGCCGCCGCCGGCCGAUUGGGCAGUGAAGACAGAGGGAGUACUGGAAAUGGGAAACACAACAGAGUUCAUCAAGCCGCUGGAGGAUGAUCACAUUGAGCAGAUGAUUGAAGAGCUUCUUGAUUAUGGGUCAUUUGAGCUCUCCUCUGUCAUGCACUGUUUCUAGCUGGAGUUCCCUUUGUAAGUUGCAUUACAUAGAAGGAUGAUGAUGAUGAUCUUGUGUAUACAUCCUACUAUGUACUCUUCUAAAAUGAUUAUAUAUAAAUAUUAAUGAUUAAUUAUGUAUUCUUCUCCCUAUUU